AUGUUCUCUCAAUAUUCGAAGCAGAUGUCUUCGGGGGGAAAGGAGAUGACCGAGCUAUCAAGAAAGGAGCUUGAUGAUGCCAAUCUCGCGCGCAUGGGCAAACGCCCCGUAUUGAAGCGCAACUUUGGUCUGAUGUCUAUGCUGGGUUUCAGUUGUACAAUUCUGAUUACCUGGGAGGGAAUUGUCGUGCUGUUCUUGCAAGCAUACCAAAAUGGAGGUCCAGCCGGAGCUGUUUAUGGAUUCCUUUUCGUUUGGGCUGGUGUCGCAGCCAGCUUUGUGAUUCUGUCGGAGUUGGCAUCAAUGGCGCCAACAUCCGGAGGACAGUACCAUUGGACAUCCAUGUUAGCCCCGCGAUCAUGCAUGAAACUUAUGAGUUAUCUGACAGGUUGGCUUACUGUUAUUGGAUGGCAAGCCACUUUCGCAACCUCGUGUUAUUUGGUCGGUACCUUGAUCCAAGGUUUGAUUGUGCUCACAAACAGUUCAUAUGAGCCCAAGAACUGGCAUGGAACUCUUCUUUACUGGGCAGCUGUGCUGUUUUCCGUCGCCAUCAACAGUGUUGGUGGUAAAGUUCUGCCUCGAUUCGAGGGCAUGAUCUUGAUCCUCCACAUCCUCGGCUUCUUCGCGAUUCUCAUCCCCUUGACUUACAUGGCCGAUCAUGGAACCGCCAAGGAAGUCUUCACCCAGUUCCUCAACCUGGGCGAGUUCCCAUCCCAAGGACUGUCGUUCUUUGUCGGAACCGCCGGCUGUAUCUUUGCGUUUGCCGGUGGUGAUGCCGCGGUUCAUAUGUCCGAAGAAAUUACAAACGCUGCCGUUGCGGUGCCCACCUCCAUCAUGCUGAGUGUCUUGAUCAAUGGAUCCUUGGGUUUCGGCAUGUUGCUUGCCAUGCUGUUCUGCAGCGGCGACCUUGGAUCGGCCCUAGAUUCACCCACCGGAUUCCCCUUCAUGGCGAUUUUCCUGCAGGCGACAGGAUCCGUAGCCGGAACCGCCGUCAUGGCUUCGAUCGUCACUACCAUGGGCGCCACCACCUCCGUCGGCAUGUUGGCCUCUACUUCGCGUCAAUUCUGGUCCUUCGCUCGAGACCGCGGCAUUCCCGGAUGGCGACUGUGGAGCAAGGUCACCGAGGACUCUGCGGUCCCCAUUUAUUCCGUUUUGUUGACCUCUGUGGUUGCCUGCCUCCUCGCGCUCAUCAACAUUGGCUCGCCCGUCGCCUUCAACGAUCUCUGCUCCAUGUCAAUCUCCGGUCUAUACUUGUCAUACAUGGUGGUUGGCAGUCUUCUCCUCUGGCGCCGUUGCACGGGUGGUAUCAGCUCUGCUCGCAACAGCAAUUCUGAGGUCAUCAACACUGCCGGUGCAAAGCUCGUCUGGGGUCCCUUCCAUCUGCCCGGCAUCUGGGGUAUUCUUGUCAACGCCUGGGCUUUGAUUUACAUGACUAUCGCUGUCUUCUUUACCUUCUGGCCAACCUCUUGGGUGGUCACCGUUGAAACUAUGAACUACAGUGUUGUCGGGACUAUGGGAACUAUCGUCCUCAGUCUGAUCUAUUACUAUGUUCGCGCGAGAAAGGUCUAUAAUGGACCCAUCAUGGAGCAUAUUAUGUAA